UUGUCAAUGACCGGCUCGUACGUGACGCUGUGUUAGUUGAUUCGAAGAUGAGCUAGUUUUUAUUAGUCCGCUUCGCAGUUGUUAUCGGAAGCUCCAGCUUAUAAGACGCAUAAGACUAAUUGAGGAGUUUCUGUUGUUGUUGUUGUUGUAGUAGUUGUUGCUCUCAGUUUAGCAAGAUUAAUCCCUUCGUGGUUGAGAUCCGUUAUCAGUGAUCAGUGACUCCUGGGCCAGUUAAGGUCAGGGAAAAAUGUUUCGAUCCUGUGGGCUUUUGGUUUUCGUCCUCUUGGCGACCUUGAUCGCUGAAGGAUCUGCCUUAGGUCAGAAUGAUCCUUGCAUCAACCCGGUCGGAGACUCCGGACUUUGCGUGUUUCUCAGAGAGUGCCAACCGUUGGUGGAUAUCUAUAACAAACCGUUGAUUUCUCCGGAUGAGAGCAACUUCGUUCAGAGUAGCAGGUGCGGCGUUGCAGCCGGUAACAAACCUUUGGUUUGCUGUGCUGGCCUCUCCGUUGGUCCGCGGAAAGCCACCCUUUUGAGACCGAACCAAUGUGGACUGGACCUGUCGGAUCGUUUAGUAGGCGGGCAGGCUACCGAAUUGAAUGAAUACCCAUGGACCGCAGUGAUCCAGUACCGAAAGCCGAACGGAAACUAUGGGUUUCACUGUGGAGGAUCGGUGAUUAACACUCGAUAUAUUAUCACCGCUGCGCACUGUAUAAAAGCAAUUCCUCGUGGCUGGGAUGUGGUUGGUGUGCGUCUCGGUGAGUAUGAUUUGAAGAACGACGGACCGGACUGUAAGGAUGGCGUUUGCGCUGAUGUACCUGUAGAUUUGGGUAUCGACAAAAUUAUUGUACACGAGAACUACAAUGCUCAGAAUAAAGCCCAACAUGAUGAUAUUGCUUUAAUUCGGUUCAAUCGGGAUGUUUCGUUUUCGGAAUAUAUCCGAGCAAUCUGCCUGCCAGUGGAUGAUGCGGAACGAUACCGAAACAAUGUUGGCACGGCUGCGUUUGCUGCUGGAUGGGGUCGCACGGAGACAGCAAGUUCCAGCGACAAAAAACUGAAGGUCGAGCUGAGUAUCACAGAUCUAAACAAAUGUUCUUCGGUAUACAGACCGUCGGGAGUGGUGCUGCGGGAUACGCAAAUGUGUGCCGGAGGAGUCUAUGGUAAGGACACUUGCAGUGGCGAUUCUGGCGGUCCCCUGAUGAAGCGAAUCAAGUCAAAUUGGUUCUUGUUUGGAAUUGUUAGUUUCGGACCGAAUAAGUGUGGUACUAAAGACGUUCCUGGAGUGUACACGAAUGUCGCCAAGUAUAUCGAUUGGAUUGAGAACAAUAUCGAGUAGGAGGUUUAUAAGUAGCGCAAAAUAUAUGCAAACAGUUUUUGCGUAACCAA